AUGGAGGAGAACAAGGUGGGGAGACCAUCAAGGUUCAGGAAGGUGUGCGUGUUCUGCGGGAGCAGCCCCGGCAAGAGGAACUGCUAUCAGGAUGCUGCUGUGGAGCUGGGAAAAGAACUGGUGGCCAGGAAGGUUGGCCUUGUGUACGGAGGUGGGAGCGUGGGUUUGAUGGGACUGGUUUCCGAGGCUGUUCAUAGAGGUGGUGGCCAUGUCAUUGGGAUUAUCCCGAGGACCCUAAUGUGCAAGGAGAUCACCGGAGAAACAAUAGGCGAGGUGAGACCAGUGGCCAGCAUGCACCAGCGCAAGGCCGAAAUGGCUCGCUACUCCGAUGCCUUCAUCGCACUGCCUGGCGGGUACGGGACGCUGGAGGAGCUCCUGGAGGUCAUCACCUGGGCUCAGCUGGGCAUCCACAGCAAACCUGUGGGCUUGCUCAAUGUCGACGGCUACUACGACUCGCUCUUGGCAUUCAUAGACAAAGCUGUAGACGACGGCUUCAUCCAGCCAAUCCAGCGGCGUCUCGUCGUCUCGGCGUCCAACGCCGGAGACCUCGUCCAAAAACUCGAAGAAUACGAGCCUGUGCAGGACGACGUGGUUGCGCGGCUUCGCUGGGAGAUGGAGCAGGUUGCAUCUCGGGAACGGUCUCCAUGA